CUGCCCCCCAUUCACCUGUCGACCAUGUCGUGUCCCUUUGUCUCUCUUCCACAAUCCACAGCAUCUUCCUGAAACUGCAACGCCCGGUUUCGUUGCUCUUCGUCCUUUAUUCAUCAAUGCAAACCUCUUCUGAGACUCGCUUGGCUCCACCUCAAAAUGUUGUGGCAUACUCAGAACCUGUAAGUGCAGAAGGGGAGCCAAUGCAAGUCAAUACUGCUCCUAGGAAGCCACGGAUUCUACUUGCUGCUAGUGGAAGUGUAGCAGCCAUAAAGUUUGGACAUCUCUGCAGUUGUUUUGCUGAAUUGGCAGAAGUAAGAGCAGUUGCCACACAGGCAUCUUUACAUUUCAUAGAUAGGGCGGCACUUCCAAAGGAUGUAGUUCUUUAUACUGAUGAGGAUGAAUGGUCUAGUUGGAAGAAAAUUGGCGAUAGCGUGCUUCACAUUGAGCUGCGCCGAUGGGCUGAUAUUUUAGUUAUUGCCCCAUUGUCAGCCAACACACUUGGCAAGAUCGCCGGGGGAUUGUGUGACAACUUACUGACAUGCAUUGUGCGAGCAUGGGAUUACAACAAGCCUUUCUUUGUUGCACCUGCCAUGAACACGUUGAUGUGGAACAAUCCUUUCACGGAACGACAUCUCAUGUCAAUCGACGAGCUUGGCAUUUCUCUCAUUCCACCUGUCACGAAGAGGCUGGCUUGUGGGGAUUAUGGCAACGGUGCAAUGGCUGAACCAUCUCUAAUAUACUCAACAGUAAGGCUUUUCUUAGAGUCGAAGAUUCAACAAGCUGGCAGUAAUACUCAGUAACCUAUCUAACAAAAGUUGACAUUUGUAGAGGAGAUGGAAGAGUAGGUUGACAUGGUAUGCAUAACAUGCUAGAUUUGUUGUAUCAGGUGCAUUGUGUUUUUACUUGUGCUGGGUCUGUCUGUCCUGUGACUGUAAAGCUCUUACAAUCUCUGCUCCAUUAAAGGAGGUGGUAUAUCAAGAUUUAAUGUUGUUGCA